AGGAGAACAAGGCGGCUGAAUGAAAGCUCAUCAAUACCACAAAGCGUUUGAUACGGAUUAAAAGACUCGCGUUCCGUUCACGUGCGCACUUUGGACAGAGCCGUGCGCGUCCUGGAUGCGUCUCUCUGCAGCUCAGCGCAGUUUUCAACUGUGGAGCUACACUUUUUUUCCCUCUUCUUUUCUUUUUCCACGCAGCUUUGCAGAGUUGUUCCUGCACGAAAUCGCCUUUUACAACGCUUUUAAAGUGGUAAAUCAGUGUUUUAGCGGGGGAAACUGCCGCAGCACCAUGGAUUACGGCUGGGAAGGGGAGCCCGGAGCCUCCGGAGCGCACGAUGCCGUCCAAAGAUGGCCUCAUGUUCUCCAGUCCUGCCACUAAGGAGACCUUUUCCUCUCUGGUUUACCUGGAAGUCCCUCCCCGCAGUGUGUCCGGUUCCUCUCCAGUCCGCGUCUUGCAGGGAUGGAUUCAGGGCUCUCGGCCCGUCGCGGUUCCCGUGCACGUCCAGAGCAUGAGCGUUGCUGUUGGUGAGGGAUCCCCAACAGGCCCCAGGAUGCCAGGAUGCCCAUCACUCAGGACAACGCCCUCAGCAUCCUCCCGCUGCUGGAGGACUGGCACGGGGCCCAGACCGCGAGGUCCCAGCAGGACGACAGUCUGAGUCAGCAGGUGGAUCAGGACUCCAGCCAGAAUGGAGAGGAGGACAGUGUGUGCAGCAGCAGCAGCGUUAGCAGCGCCCACAUUGAGGACAUGUCCCUGUGUCUUGCUGCUAUUCAUAAGCUGGAGGAAUACAUCAAGUUCAACUUCCUGGAGGGCGACCCGGCUGCGGCGGCCGGCCCGUCCUGCAGGGAGGGGCCGGAUGUCGAGGUCCACGCUGUUUCUCUCAGCAAGGACGAGGGGGACGCUCCCGAGUUCGGCCUCAGCUUCGGGAACAUCCCCAUUUUCGGGGAUCCUGACGGUCGGAAAAAGGGAGGCCCCAGGAGGAGGAGGGACCAGGGGCCCAUCAUGGACGUGGGCUGCAUCUGGGUGACGGAGGUCCGGAAGAAGAGCCCGGCGGCUCGCUGCGGCGGAAUCAAACUGAGAGACGAGCUGCUGUCGCUGAACGGGCAGCUGAUGGUGGGAGUCGAUGUCAGCGGAGCCAGUUACCUGGCCGACCAGUGCUGGAGCGGAGGCUCCAUCUACUUGAUCCUGCUGCGGCGGGUCAAGCGAAAGGCUCCGCCCCCUCCCAGCGCUGACAACUGUGAAGACCAGCAGCAGGAGUCCUGCGACGCUUCUGCAAACUGCAAACGAACGCGCAAGCUGGGCGUGGUGUCGCGUUCGUCCUUCAACCGAGACAACAGGGAUGGCGCCGACUCCGACGUCCAGAGCUGUUUCAAUGGCUUCGGCCCGUCUUCGCCCGCCGAUCCGGAUGUGGGCCCCUCCGGGGACGACUCCGGGUGCGUCCUCUCCACGCCGACAGACGGCGGCCCUCGGGGGCGGCCCGCCCAGCACGGCGCCGCCACCCUGCCUGCCAGAUGCCACAGUCAGCUGCUGGAAUGCAAGAUGGAUUCUUUCAGCAGCGACUCUUCGAGCCAGCCAAGAGAGGGCAGCCACAUCUGGAAGAUGCACAUGGUGAAGGGUCAGGAAGGCCUGGGGAUCCAGAUCACAGGGGGGCGUGGCUCCAAGCGCUCGCCACACGGCAUCAUAAUCGCUCACAUCGAGGAAGGAGGGGCCAUUCACAGAGACGGCCGUCUCCACGCCGGGGAUGAGCUGCUGAUGAUCAACGGUCAGUCUCUGGUGGGGCUGACUCACCAGGAGGCCGUCGCCAUCCUCCGCGCCACGACGGGCCUGGUUCAGCUGGUGGUGGCGACCAGGGAGGAGUCGGACGUUGGAUUUGAGCGCUUUCCGUCCACCAGCCUGCCGGACCUGGUCAGCACGUGCAGCUCGUCCUCCCUCUCGUCGCAGGCGGCUCCACUGCGCCCCCCUCAGACCUCCAACAGCAGCACCAGCCUGCAUGGCGCCUACCUGCAGCUGACGAGUCCAGAGAAGCUAGAAGAGCCGGGUCAGGGAGGGGGGGCCAAAGCCAGCUGCUGCAGCCCCACACCCAUGAAGCUGAGCAGCCGAGCCCAAGGGGGGAGCACCCGCCUGGAGUCGGUGGGGGAGGACGACGAGCUGCUGGUGGAGAACGGCGUGAGCGGCGGCGGCGGCGGCGAUGCGGCGGAGAAACCUCCGCCGGGCCGCCGGAAACACUCCCUGCCUCAGCAGCUGGACUCAGCCGGAGUCAGGCAGGAAUAUCACAUCAUUAAGAAAUCGGCUCGCUCUCUGAGCACCGUUCAAGUGGAGUCUCCAUGGCGACUGGCACAGCCGUCCAUUAUCUCCAGCAUCGUGUUGAUGAAAGGCCAGGGCAAGGGCCUGGGGUUCAGUAUCGUCGGAGGUCAAGACUCUGCCCGUGGCCAGAUGGGGAUUUUCGUCAAAACCAUUUUCCCUCACGGAGCCGCUGCAGCAGACGGACGACUCAAAGAGGGAGAUGAGAUCCUGGAGGUGAACGGAGAGUCUCUUCAGGGACUCACACACCAACAAGCCAUCCAGACCUUCAAGCAGCUGAAAAAAGGCGUGGUCACCCUGACCAUCCGGACCCGUCUGCGCAGCCCCAGCCUGACGCCGUGUCCGACCCCGACCCUCCUCAGCCGCUCCAGCUCGCCAAACUCCAACGCCAGCGGAGGCACCCCGGUCCCGUCGGGGUGCGAGGAGGCCGAGGGCCGCAGGGGGCCCGGCCCGGGGCCGAAGGACUGCAUCAUCAUGGAGGUCACGCUCAACAAAGAGCCCGGCGUCGGUCUGGGGAUCGGGGUUUGCUGUCUGACUCUGGAGAACUCUGCUCCUGGAAUCUACAUCCACAGCCUGGCUCUGGGAUCUGUGGCCAAGAUGGACGGCAGGCUCAGCCGGGGGGAUCAGAUCCUGGAGGUGGACUCGGUCAGCCUUCGUCACGCCGCUCUGGGCGAGGCCUACGCCAUCCUCAGUGAAUGUGGACCUGGACCUGUCAGUCUCAUCAUCAGCAGGCACCCCAACCCCAAGGUCUCAGAACAGGAGAUGGAUCACGUGAUCAGCCGAUCCACGCUCAGGGACAAGAUGAGCCGGAACAAGGCCUCGCCUCACACUCCAGGGCCUUCCUGUAAAAGCCCCCAGCCGUCGGUGAAGGAGCGGCAGGCCGACGGCUCCCCGGCCCUCAGCUGGACCAUGAAGAGGUUCCUGGAACCUGCCAGCAGAGGCUCCCUGAGCUCGGAGACGGAACUGUCUCAGUACUUCUCCCAGGACGGCUGCAGCCCCUCCUUCCUGUCUGAGUCCAUUCUGAUGGGCUCCACCAGCGACGACGCUCUCCAGCACAGCUUCACCGCCUCGGCGGAGGACGGCUCCUCUCAGACACACGCGUUGGCAUCGCCUGCGGCAGGAGAGGAGAGCGUCGGUGCUGACCGGACCUCCGGUCCCCUGGAGCCGGUGGCGGCGUGCCAGCCCCUCUCCAGCUCCAGCCCCGCCCCGGUCCGGAGUCCGCUCCUCCGUCAGCGGAGGCUGAUGUGCUUCGACGAGCACCUCAGCGAUGAAGACGACUCGGAUAACGGAGCGAGCGCCGGGCUUUUCCACGGGCCGCCCUCUCCCCUUCCCGUCGGCUCGGCGGCGGCCAUCGCCACAGACAGUGAAGACGGUGGAGAGGUGCAGAGAUCCGAUUUCACGGCCCCGGCUUGUGGUACGGGUGAGGAAGAGGCCGAGUCUCCCUUCGCGCCCGUCUGCCGCCCCAUCGACCCGGAGGUGGAGGUGGCGAGCGGCGGUCUGGCCGUCAGCAGUGCUACAAACCGCCCCGAUGGACAGCUGGAGUCCAGACGCUCCCCGAAGCUCGAGCACAAAGCAGUGACUCGGGUCAAGAGCAUGAUGAGCGUGGAAACUCCGAGCCCCCAGGCACUGUCCGGGGCCGCGGAGGGCGGCUGGACUGCCGCCGCCGCCGCCGGCUCCACGCUGUGCCACACAGGCCACUCCAGCGAGCUGCUGGGAGUCUGCACCGUGGAGGCUGUAACGCUGAGGCGGAGCCAGGAGGAGUCGUUCGGCCUGGACCUGGAGAUCAUGUCUUCGCCUCUCAGAGUCCUCAUCACUGAGCUGAAGCCCGGAGGAGCAGCGCAGAAGGAGUCUGCAGGAAGGCUGUGUCCUGGAGAUGAGAUCGUCAAAAUCGGAGACAAACUGGUGUGCUCCGCUAGUUACCAGGAAAUCUGUGAGCUCAUGCGUAAUCUUCCAAUGACUCUGUCCCUGGAGGUGAAGAGACCCGUUUCAGCUGUAGAUCAGCUGUCCAGUUUGAAAGUGUCAUCAGGGAGCAGCGACGGAGCCGCCAAGCUGAGUCCCGCCGGGUCUGAUGAAGGACAAACAACAAGCACCGAGCCAGAGAACGCUGCUCAUUCAGCACCAACCGAUUCUGACUUUCAAAUACCGAUCACCAACAUAGAUGACAUUCUGUCUGAAGUGAGUGUCUGCUGUGAUACAGAUGCACCCUUCAAAGCCACAAACGGAACUCUACCCGAUGGCCCAUCUGGACCUUCAACCCCACAAGCCUCAGCAGAAGGGUCUGGGAUGGACUGUCCGGUCCAGUCCUGCCCCGUUCAACACUCCGCUUUGGAUUCAGGAAGUGAAAAGGGCAGCGUCCUCCAAGAAAAAGAAAACGGCUAUUCUGUUUUGAAUGGUUCAGAUGAAGAUGGGCCUGAAGCCUCCUCUAAACACAUGUAUCCAGCUGGAGACGACAGUGAUUCAAACUGUGGCUCCUCCCCUGACGGCAGCCCGUUGGUCACUGACGCGGUCCGUCACGCUGGACUGUCCUCAGAUGAGGAGGAGGUGGAACUUUGCUCCCCUGAUGCCCAAUUUACUGCUGCUAGUGAACAUUUAGAACAGGCAACACCAGACCAGCUUGUGAGUCUCGACCAGACCUUGUAUUUAUCACAGAGCAUCCCCUCUGAAAACGCCCAACAUCCUCUGUUACCAGAGGAACAGCCGCCAUAUCAGCCCUGCAAUGGGACGGAAUCUUUGUCGGUGAAGGGUUCUAUUGGUAUGACGGGUAAAUCCGGUGUAGCAUCCAACUCAAACGCCAGCGUACGCAGGAGUCGCUCUCCUCCAGAAACCCACAGUGUUGCUUUGAGAACCGUCUCAGGUGUCCAGGCAGAUGCCGCACAGAUGUACCUUUCCCAGAAGAAUCUGAGCACACAUGCAGCAGGGUCUGCUUCGUUAGGUUCAAGCAGUGGAUCUGACAAAAGUGCGUCGGCAUCCCUGAUCAACCAACAGAAGGUCUUGGAGUCCAGAACUUUUUUCAACCCUGGUGCAAGUUUUUUCCCAAAGGAAAGCGGUGGGCUGAAAGUCCUCGGCGGUUCAGACGGUACUGUGUGGAGCAGUAACGUCAAGAUCCACAUCGAAAAUGCUUCCCCGAAACUCAAGGGUCUCAGUGUCAAGAGCAAGAACAGAGCACAGGAGGAGGUCCUCAGAGGACCCAGCAGGACUGACGGACUUGUCUCUUCAAACACCUCCAGCUGUUUGAAGCCCAGCAGUCAGUCGAACACCUGCCUUUCAUUACCCAGGAGGCAAACUCCUGCUGAGCACGUUCCUCCAGAAACUGUACAGCCAGCUCAUGAAAAAGACAUCAGUUCAGGUUCCAGGACAGUGGCCAAACCACAGCUGCCCGUUACUCAAAGAACAUUUAUCGAGGUUCGACUGUCGUCCUCGUGUGGAUCGUCACCACCACUGACGAAGCACAGUGAACUCACCGUUUUAAAAAGUACUAAACACCCUCAGAGUGGUGUUGAUGUGAAAUUAGCAUCGAUGUCCGUGUCCGACAGAGCUAACGGUACGGUCAGAAGCUUAGUAUUUAACUCACUUUCACCUCCUAAAGCGGCGUCUUCAACCUCAACUAACGGCUCCAAGGUGAAUCCAGCGGUGGAGACGGGAGACGCCCUGAAGUCCAGCACGUCCAGACUGUAUGUGAAGACGGUGGAAAGGCGCAGCCUCCCUUCUGACCCUGCCGGGUCUGCGACCUACAAUCCCUUCUCUGUCCGUCAUAAAAUCAAAUCUUUUGAAAACUUGGCCAACUUUGACAAACCUGUGGCUCGAAACAGUGACGUCCAGUCCUAUGCUCUGGCAUACAGGGCCUCGCUCAACCAGAGGAUCGCCGGGUACAUGGGCGUGGCCGGCUCGGCCGACUGCAGGGCACGGCAGAGGAGCUUUUGCUCUUAUGUGGAGAAUCUGAAUCCUGCUGCAUCCUGCUCACCUCUCCUUGAUAAAGCCACUGAGACCCGAGCUGUAAAAGCUCCGGACGGGACUGCACCGCAGACACCUCCGGUUCUGCGGAGGAAGCACGGCAGGCUUCCACACAACAGGCUACGGCAGCUCAGGGCUCUCAGUAUGCCCGAACUGGAGAAGCUGUGCACAGAGGACUUCACGGCAGGAAAUAAGCUGGAGCCUGACUUACCGAAGAAAACCACGACCGAGAACUUCUCUCCCUCAGCAAACCUCAUGAAAUCCGAGGUGAACAGGGUGAUCCGAGUCGGUGCCGGUCCUGAACAGGAGGCUUCUCAGGGAACACGGGACGCCCAGGGACAGCGGCCUGGCUGGUCUGUCAGUUUAAAGGAGCUGCGUGCGUUUCCGGUGAAUCAGUGCAAGCUGCUCAGUCUUCUGUCCUCCCCGACUGCCAAGGCGUUCGUGUCGACCCUGCUGCAGGACACGCCUGCCCUUUCCCAGGUGGACUCUACUCACCUUGUCCUUCUGGGUAAGGAAGAAGGCUCUGGCCUUGGUUUUAGUGUUGCUGGUGGAAUCGACCUGGAGCAGAAGGAAAUCACUGUUCAUCGAGUCUUCACCAAAGGCGCCGCUGGCCUCGAAGGCACAAUCCACAGGGGCGACAGCAUUUUGUCCAUAAAUGGCUCCAGCCUGGAGGGAAAGACCCACGGCGAAGCUGUGUCCUGCCUUCAUCAAGCCAGACUGUCCAAGCAAGCUUUAGUGGUCAUCCGGAGGAAUAAAGACAGUGAAGUGGACAACUCUGAGCGACAAAAUGCUGUCAGCCAGACACAAAGUCUGUCCUCUGCCCAAAAGACGGAGGCUGGAGCAGUGGUGGAGCUGAAUCCAGACGGUGUUUUAAUGGUGGACCUUCACAAGACCUCUGCUGGUUUGGGAUUCAGCCUGGAAGGAGGGAAAUCCUCCAGUCAGGGAGACAGACCUCUCACUGUGAAACGCAUCUUUACAGGCGGCGCUGCAGAGCUCUCUGGACUUAUCCAAGUGGGAGAUGAGGUCCUGUCUGUCAAUGGCUGUUCUCUGGAGGGCCUUAUGCACCACGAUGCCUGGAAAAUUAUCAAAGCCACUAGUGAAGGGUCCAACCGCCUCGUCGUACGCAAGCGGAGCAACCUGACUGCAGUGACCAAAACACUUUCAACCACUUGAAAAGCUCUGCUGUGAACAUGUCCUGCUAUGGAGGGGAUGAGCACAGACCAAGGAGGACAAUCAUUUACAGAUUCUGGUUUAUGGACUUUGGGAUUUUGUGCUUAGUCUGUUAAUAUGUUUUGUUUCAAUAGGUGGAAUUGGACAGACAGUGAUUAUGGUGUACAAAUAUGAAUUCAUUUGAAUCAGAAGUGCCGUUUGUUUACAUUAAAUUUUCUCUGGAUCAU